AUGGCGAGAGGACCUCUCGCUUUUCAGCUAUGGAUCUCUGUGUGUCUUUUGCUCUUCUUUCGUGCUCGCUGCUUCUAUCUCCCUGGUGUUGCCCCUCAAGAUUUUCAAAAUGUCAGAAUCUUUAACUCUGGAGAUCCAUUGAAUCCGAAAGUGAACAAAGUAACCUCUACAAAAACUCAACUUCCUUAUUCGUACUAUUCCCUCCCAUACUGUCGUCCAGAGCAUAUAGUUGACAGUGCAGAGAAUCUUGGGGAAGUUCUUCGCGGUGAUCGUAUUGAAAACUCUCCUUACGAGUUCAAAAUGAGAGAACCACAGAUGUGCAAUGUUGUAUGUCAUGUAACUCUUAAUGCAAAAACUGCAAAGGAAUUUAAGGAAAAGAUAGAUGAUGAGUAUCGGGUGAACAUGAUUCUGGAUAAUCUCCCUCUGGUUGUUCCUAUACCAAGGCCUGAUCAGGAAAAUUCCUUAGUGUAUCAACAUGGCUUUCAUGUUGGUCUCAGAGGGCAAUAUGCUGGGAACAAGGAUGAAAAGCAUUUUAUCAACAAUCACUUAACAUUUACAGUCAAGUAUCAUAAAGAUCCAAUGACAGAAUCUGCCAGGAUUGUGGGAUUUGAGGUGAAACCAUUCAGUGUUAAGCAUGAAUAUGAAGGUGAGUGGAGUAAGAAGACGCGAAUAACAACUUGUGAUCCCCAUGCAAAGCGCACAGUUACCAGCUCUGAAUCUCCUCAGGAGGUUGAAGAUAAAAAGGAAAUUAUAUUCACCUACGAUGUUGAGUUCCAGGAGAGUGAUGUGAAGUGGGCAUCUCGGUGGGACACAUAUCUUCUGAUGGCUGAUGAUCAAAUCCACUGGUUCUCAAUUGUUAAUUCUUUGAUGAUUGUUCUUUUCCUAUCGGGCAUGGUGGCUAUGAUCAUGUUGCGGACACUUUACCGGGAUAUUUCCAAGUACAACCAACUAGAGACCCAAGAAGAAGCCCAAGAGGAGACGGGAUGGAAACUGGUUCAUGGUGAUGUAUUCAGACCUCCAUCAAACUCAGAUCUACUGUGUGUGUAUGUUGGGACAGGUGUGCAGUUCUUUGGGAUGAUUCUUGUCACCAUGCUCUUUGCAGUCCUUGGAUUUCUAUCCCCCUCAAACCGAGGUGGGUUGAUGACUGUCAUGCUCCUCCUUUGGGUCUUUAUGGGUCUCUUUGCUGGGUACUCUUCAGCCCGUCUCUAUAAGAUGUUUAAGGGAACAGAAUGGAAGAAAAUCACUCUCAAAACAGCUUUCAUGUUUCCUGCAACUGUCUUUGCCAUUUUCUUUGUCUUAAAUGCUCUUAUCUGGGGAGAGAAAUCCUCUGGGGCAGUGCCCUUUGGAACCAUGUUUGCUCUGGUAUUCUUGUGGUUUGGAAUUUCAGUUCCACUUAUAUUCGUUGGUGCAUAUGUGGGAUUUAGGAAGCCAGCAAUUGAGGAUCCCGUUAAAACCAACAAGAUCCCUAGGCAGGUCCCGGAACAGGCAUGGUACAUGAAUCCAGCCUUCUCUAUCCUAAUUGGAGGCAUACUCCCAUUUGGGGCCGUCUUUAUUGAGCUCUUCUUCAUCCUUACAUCUAUCUGGUUGCAUCAAUUCUAUUACAUAUUUGGGUUCCUUUUCAUCGUCUUCAUUAUCCUCAUCAUCACUUGUGCUGAGAUCACAAUUGUGCUAUGCUACUUCCAGCUGUGCAGUGAAGACUACCUUUGGUGGUGGAGGUCGUAUUUGACCUCAGGCUCCUCCGCACUCUACCUUUUUCUCUACGCUGCCUUCUACUUCUUCACUAAGCUUGAUAUUAAGAAGCCAGUAUCAGGAGCCUUAUAUUUCGGGUAUAUGCUGAUUGCUUCUUAUUCUUUCUUUGUGCUGACUGGUACUAUCGGUUUCUACGCAUGCUUCUGGUUUACUAGGCUCAUCUAUUCAUCAGUGAAGAUCGACUGA